AUACCAAGUAUCAGUGAGAGCAUUCCGUCUUCGACACCAGUCGUCGGUUGAUCAGGUUGUAGUGUGUUUUGCGUAGUUCAGUCUACGAGUCAUUUUAGGAGGGGACGUUUGAAUAGAGUGGACGUUUCGGUUUGUGAAAAGCAUCACGAUGUUGUCUCGCUUGCAAGUGCUCUUGGUGGUGGUCGUGGUCACGGCGGGGAUCCUGGGAGGUCGCUCGGUGCAGGCCAAGACGCUGUACCUUAGCGAAUGCACCGGAACGGACGCUCAAAGGUGGGUAUACCGGCCUGGACCAUUCGUACACAACACUCUGAUCCGACUGAUAGCUGCACCAGACUGGUGCAUGGUACACUACAUCAUAGCACAGCAGGCAAACCAGAGUCUGUACGCGGAUCUGUGCGACAUACCCGAGCCCACGCCGCAGGACUACAGCGCGCGGAUAUGGGUCAUGAUCAACGGAACCAUCCGUGUUGCUGGUGAUGAGUACUGUCUUGCAGCUAAUGUCAGCGGUGACCAGGGAAACCUCUCGUUGGUUCAGUGUAACCAGACAGUACACACUGCUGUUGCUGCUGGUGCAGUGGCUGAAGAUCUUGCCAUGACAAUCACCUGGCAGUGGAACGAGACAGGACUGAUCAUGCCUCUGGGCACGACACCUCCGCUAUGUCUGACUGUUAACAUGUCAUCGCCGACUCCACCCCACCACGGCGGAUUCCCGGAUGACUUCAAUGUCAUGUCUGCCAAGUGUGACACAACUGACAAGCUACAAAGGUGGAGUGGCUAUCCUGAAUCUAAUGGCACCAUUCAUCACAUGGCCAACACUAGCUACUGCUUAGCAGCACACGGUCUGUAUCCGGGAACACACGGUCCUAAUGUUGUCAUCUCUCCAUGCAACGAGUCCGACAUCACUCAGCACUACUCGCAUAACAACAAGACAAAUACGAUAUGUGCCACGACUGAAAUGAAGUGUGGAGGCACCAAUAUCACUCAAUGCUGCAUCAAUAUCGGUCACACCACAACCACACCGGAGCCCGGUAACAAUAUAGAAUUGUACUCAAACAUGGAUGAUCCGACAGAAGAGUGGACAUAUGACCCGACCACCCAGCAGCUGAAGGCCGCCGGCUUAUGUAUGACCAUUGUCAAGUGAUUUGCACGGUGAAUGCAAAACUGCCUCCACAGGAUUGACCCGCGGCAUGCAGGUUCGCUCAGCCAGGAUGGGUUGUGGGAAUCUUUUAGUGACAAGUAUUUGAAUUUUGAAUUUGAACCUGCAUCCAUACCUUUAGUUCAUUACCUCCAUUUGGCCUUGCUCAAGGAUAGCAUCCUUUUAGUUAUUUAUAACGACUCAGUGUCGAUCCACCACAAUCAUUGCACUGUUCAAUUUUUCCAAACAUGAUUUUCCCGGAUUUCGGUUCACGGUUCACUAAUUUAA